GAAUAAUAUUGAUGUUAUGAUAUAUUCUUUGUUUUUAUUAGGAAUACUGGAUUUAUCUAACAAGUGUGUUAUGGAAAUAUGAAAUUUAAUAACAAUUCAAAAAGACAACCAUACCGUAAUAUACCAUAUUCACAUACGAAUUGAACGACUUAUCUUACCACAUUUGUAAAUUCUAUCAGAUUAUAAUGAAUAUUACUGAACAUACUGAAGAUGUAUUAAAUCCUUUUAUUUUAAAUUUAUUUAUAAUCAAUAAAAGUUCAACAUGUACUCAAAUGGAAUCAUUACCGGUUUCCGGUUUGUUCAGUUUUUAUCGUGCUAUAGGUUUAUUAUUAGGUCCAUUAAAUACUAUAUUAAAUGGUUUAUGCGUUCAUAUAUUUAAUCAUCAUUUAUGGAAAAAAUCAAUAAUGAGUAGAAUAUUAAAAGGAUUAUCUAUUAUUGAACUUGGUAUGGGAUUAAGUUUAUUUAUUCAUGCAUUAAUAUUUUCACAAAAUUCCACAUCAUCUCAUUCUAAUCAAAAUUUAUUCAAUAUAAAUAAUACAAUUAAUAAUAUAUAUCCUAAUUAUGAUAUACAUAUAAAUCAUUUAAAUCAAUUUCAACAAGAUUCUAUUCAUACAAAUGCUUAUAUUAAAACAAUAUGCUCAUUUUUUAUUACAACUAUAUCUAGUAGAUUUUUAGUAGCAUUUCAAAUAUCACGUAAUUGGUCUGUUGUAUUAUUGGCAGCAUAUCGUUAUGAUCAAAUAUGUCGACCUAUUGGUACAUCUAGUGCAUUUCCACGUGAACGUAUACGUUAUAUAUUAAUCAUUAUAUUUUUUUUAGCUUGUUUAAUUGUUAUACCAAGAAUAUUUGAAAGUGGUAUAGUUGUAUGUUAUAUAUCAGGAAAUGUAUCUAAAGAUUAUCCUUUAUUAAUUAAUUAUAAAUUAUAUCAAAUUUUAUAUUUAGGUUUAGUUAUGUUUAUUGUACAAUCUGGUGGUCCAGUUAUAUGUGUAUGUGUAUUAAGUGCAUUUGUAAUAAGAAUUAUAGCAAAACGUCGAAAAUUUCAUCGAGAAAAAGAGCAACGUUCAGCUAGAAAUUUAUUAAGACGUCAAACAAUGAAAAUAGAAAAUAAUCGAUCAAAUUUAAAAAACAAUAUCAUUACUGAUAAUAAUAAUAAUAAUAAUAAUCUUUUACAACGUAAUUCAAAUGGUUUGACAAAAGAAUUAACUGAAAGACCAGCUCCAUCAGAAACUCCAGCAUUUUUCAGUAAAAUAUUAAAUCCUUAUUUGGAACAAGAUUAUCCAUUAAUUGAUUUAACAUUAUCAGUUAUUGCAAAUUUAUUAAUUUAUUUAGAUUCUACAUUGAAUGCAUUCAUUUAUAUGGCAUCUAAUCCUUUAUUUCGUAAAAUUGCUCGAAAUGAAUGUAUACAAUAUCGUGAUCGUUUAAUUUGUUGUCAAACAUCAAAAUCUACUCAUCAACUAACUAGAAUAAAUCGUAUUUUAGACACUGAACAAAAUGCUAUCUCAAUAAACUCAUAAAAAUACAUCAUACAACAAUAUAUUAUAUGAUGAUUUGAGUCAUGAUGAUAAUUGUAUAUGGAUACAUAUUGUACAAAUUUUGUUCUUGUAAUUCUUUAUAUCUUUUGUAUGUUCAAUUAUUUAUGAGUUCAGAGGUUUCUAUUACUAUGUGAAAAAUGCUUUACGUUAUAAAGAUGAAUAUUAUUGUUGUUUCUUUCAUUUAAAUAUGAAAGUAAACCUAUCAUCUAUAUGGGUUAUUAUUUCAACUUUUAUGUAUUUCAUAAAGAAGAAUUAUCAUUUAAGCUAUAUUUUUAACAGUUUGAAUUGUGUUCUACUAAUUGAAUCCUAAAACGAAUGAGUUUUAUGACUAACAAAUAACUUAGUAUAUCUUUCUAUUGAGUUAAUAUUAGAAACACUAAAGAAUGUCUUUUAUUUCCAUAAAUACGUGUACAAUUGUUAAUUACAAUCACAGUAUAUAAAAAUUCAAGAUUUGUUGUUGUUGAUUAUUUCGAUGUCAGGUAAACAUAAAGUUAAACAAUUCAAGAAUUCCUUAUACCUUUCCAUCUUCAUGAGCUGGGUACUAAAUAAAUAGCGUAAAUUGUGCUUUUUUGAGGUGUAAACAUGUAUAGAAGCGGUUUCAUUGUUGAAAAAUUGUCUUAACCGCUAUUUAAGUUGAUCAUUUACGGUAGUAUAAGUCCAUAUGCCUUUGUAUCAAUUCAAAAAUAUAAUUGGAUCUUUGUUACGAGAUAGUUAUUGCCACGGCUGAAAACGUCCGAAUUAUUAGAUAGAAGGGGAUUGAAGAAGAGUGUAAAGCAAAUUGAAAUAUUUAUGGUUCUAUCAAGUGAUAAUUAGAAUUUGUUAAAUGAUUAAUCAAUUAUUAAAAAAUUCUAAGCUCUUUUUGAAAAAAAAACAUACCUUGACAGAUUUACUGAAAAUACCAAACAUCUAAAACGAUUUACUUUGAAAGUGAAUGCUUAGGCAAUUCACGAAUCAUAAAUGGUUUGUACUGUGAGAAUAAGUGUCAAUUAAAUUCAUAUAAAUAUGUAAUCAAUGUUGUAGAAUACUUCUGAGCACUUAACGUUAUACUAUCUACCAUUGUAAAUAGUAGCUAGUAACUACGUUAUAGUGUCGUAGAAAACUGUUAUGAAAUGUUUAAUGCAUUUUAAAUUAUACCUGUUGAUUUUUGAUUUAUCUACCCCGUGCAGCAAAAGUCUCACACCAAGUUUCCCAAAUCAAUAAUGUACUGGGCUCUUCUUUACAGUUCUUCCCAAGAGUUAUUUAUUCUUUCCAUGUCUGUCUCCGGUUCCUGGUUUAAUGUAUUCUAUGGUCUGCCUUCCUAUCUUCUCCCUUAAGGAUUUCAAGUUAGAGCUCGCUUUGUGAUGUAAUUUGAUGGUUUCUGUAGUAUAUGUCCUAUACACAUUCAGUAUCCCUUCCUAAUUUCCUCCUAAAUUGGAAGCUGGUUUACUUUGUCCCACAGUAGGUUGUUGCUGAUAGUGUCUGAUCAACGUAU